AACCAAAAAGUAGAAGUAUUAGUAGCCUUAAUUUUAGUCAAUUGUCUUGCCUCAGCCGUCGCCUCAUCGCUGGCCAAGUCUCCCGACAAUUUCCUGCUGGACGAAGAGCCCUCCUCGCCCCUGCCGAGCAGUUAUUUUCGAAGUCCGCAUCGUAUCGAUGGCUACUAUACGCCUCCAGUGGCCAGUGGCAGUGUUGCGGAUCUGCAACGCCAACAGCUAUUGCAACGCAGCCAAAACUUUAAAAUCAGCCCCAAGCCCUGCUCCUUUGGCCGCAUCGAGGGCACCUGCAUGUUUGUGUGGGAGUGCAUCAAAUCUGAGGGCCGGCACGUGGGCAUGUGUGUGGACUCGUUCAUGUUUGGAUCGUGUUGCACGCACAACUACACGGACAAUAUCGUGCUGCCACAGACCAUGUUCGCAUACACGAGACCCACAAGGCCGUUGAAUUUACGGCCACCUCCACAGCCGUAUAAGCCAGCCAUAAGCGGCAUGACCACCAUUGAGCGGCCACAUGGUGCAGGAACUCUGGUAAUACGUCCAUCGGGUCCGCAUCAUCAGGGAUCGUUGUCGCGUCCUCAGCACACCAAGCCCACAUCGAGCAGUUCCACCGCGCACUGGACUUCGACUUCAGCGGCUAAUACUAUGGUAGCGGGUGAUCUGCAAAGCGCGGCCAGCAUGCCCACUGCGUCCUCGAAUAGCAUUUGGCAUACGUCAACGCAGCAGCAGCUGCAACAACAACAGCAGCAUCACUGGCACAUGCCAACAGAGCCGAGCUUUAUAACCAAGCCUCGACCCACCGGUUGGAAUAGGCCUGGCGUCGUCAACUUGCCAGCGCGGCCCUCCAAGCCUGCGAAGCCCACAAAGAAGCCGAUCUUGUACGAGCGGCCCAGCGCGGCGGCAUCGACGCAGACGUCAGUUCUGUUGACGCAGACGAAGCCCACCAAGCCACAGCUGUCGCCGGCGACAUCAUUAGCCACAUCUACGAAACCCACAAGCACAAGAAGGCCCACGACCACGACCACAAUCGCAAAGCCAAGCACGGCGGCAGCGGCGGCCGCGGUAGCCACGGCAGCCAUCGAGACGAAUGAAAUAACGGACUCCACACAUGUUGUGCUGGACGCUCCGCUGGGCAACGCUAGCGUCAAGACCAUAUCGGCUGCGCGCAGCGAAUGCGGCAUGCCGAUGCUGGCACGCCCUGAGACGCGCAUUGUGGGCGGCAAGAGUGCGGCCUUCGGUCGUUGGCCCUGGCAAGUGUCUGUGCGACGCACAUCGUUCUUCGGCUUCUCCAGCACACAUCGUUGCGGUGGCGCUUUGAUAAAUGAAAACUGGAUAGCGACGGCAGGGCACUGUGUGGACGACCUACUCAUCUCUCAGAUACGCAUACGUGUGGGUGAAUACGAUUUUUCGCAUGUUCAGGAGCAGUUGCCCUACAUCGAACGCAGUGUGGCCAAGAAGGUGGUGCAUCCUAAGUACAACUUCUUCACCUAUGAAUACGAUUUGGCCCUGGUUAAGCUGGAGCAGCCCUUGGAGUUUGCGCCGCACGUUAGUCCGAUCUGCUUGCCCGAAACUGACAGUCUCCUCAUUGGCAUGAAUGCCACGGUUACCGGCUGGGGACGCUUAAGCGAGGGUGGUACACUGCCGUCAGUACUGCAGGAGGUAUCAGUGCCUAUCGUCAGCAAUGACAACUGCAAGUCAAUGUUUCUGCGCGCUGGCCGCCAGGAAUUCAUUCCCGACAUAUUUCUCUGUGCUGGCUUUGAAACUGGUGGCCACGAUUCCUGUCAGGGCGACUCAGGCGGUCCCCUGCAGGCAAAGUCCUCAGAUGGUCGCUUCUUUUUAGCUGGGAUUAUUUCCUGGGGAAUUGGUUGUGCCGAGGCGAACUUGCCCGGCGUUUGUACGCGCAUAUCGAAAUUCGUUCCCUGGAUUUUGGAGCAUGUCAGAUGAUGGAUGGAUAGUUGGAUGGGAUGCUCAACUCAACACUUGUUAUUGUUUUAACUGUUAGCUGUAUUUGUAACAAUAAGUUUAUGUGAUUUAUAUUAUAAAAGUGCAUCAGCAGAA